AAACGGACUGCAGCUGAGGACGACCUCAGUCGUUAAACAGUUGUGCUAUCAGACUGUGCCGGUCCGCUGUGAUACAUUUUAUUUCCGCCGGUUGCGGGAGGCUUCUCUUUGGACGCUUUACGAAAAUUGUGCUUUUUUUUUUUUACUUGACGCGAAGAGACGCUAAAGCGGAAGGCGAACGAGAAAAGCGAGGAAAGGAAAGAAGAGAAAGAGGGAAAGAAAGAGAAGGGAUGAGAGUGAAGAAGAUGAGACCAGAGAUGAAUCUCAUGAUGGGGCUGAUGAUGGCAUCGACAGUCUCCGGUUAUUACCGCAACGAUUAUCAAGGCAGAACCUCUGACUGCUACAAAGAGGUCCGGCGUGGCCUGAGAGUUCAGGCGUCCCACGUUGACAAGUAUGUGAAGUCCAGUUCCUUGACUGAGUGUGAAAGAGCCUGCGACAUCGCCUUCUUCACCUGCAAGGGCUUCUCCUACAGUGACUUCCACACCCGCGAACCGGAGAACUGUCUCCUGACGAGGGAGACGACCCAGUCCCUUGACAUCAACGACCCCAGGGACUUCUACAGUGACCCUGACUUCAUCUUCUUCGAGAAGACGUCCGGGAGAGACUGCGAAUACGAGUUCGAUCACGGCACCAAGAGCAACAACAACCGAUAUUCAGGCGACCAGUGCUACGACCUCAUUAAGACGAGGGAGAGAAUCGCCUCACGUUACGUCAUCAAGGUCCUCAAGACCAGAGAUCGACAGGAGUGCGAGGAAGAGUGCAACAGAGUGAGGGAGUGCAGGGGCUUCAAUUACAGGUACAAAACCUUAGGCUACAACCAGUACCGAGACAACUGCGAACUGAGCUCCAGGGACGCUGGCGAUUACCACGACUUCCAAAUCGACGACGACUUCGACUUCUACGAGCAGUCGAACAGUCGCGACUGUCGCUCCAGCAAUCCUUAUGGCUCCAACUACGGUUCCAACUACGGUUCCAACUACGGGUCUAACUACGGUUCUAACUACGGCAGUAACUACGGUUCUAACUACGGCAGUAACUAUUACGGAAGUAGCGGUGGACACUAUCACGGAAGCAGCACAUACUAUCGAGAUGAAUGUUUCCGACUGGCCAAAACCGAAACCACGAUGGAAGACCGUGUCAUUCGUGAGAGGCUCGAAGUUCGUGACAUUAGCGCCUGCGAACUCGAAUGCAAAAAGGCCAGGUACUUCACCUGUAGAACCUACGCCUUCAGGUACAGCACCGGUUACUACGGAAUCAACUGCUUGCUAAGCGACAGGGAAUACCGUGAGCUGAACCAAUACGACCUCGUAUCGGACAGAGAAUUCGACUUCUACGAGAGAAGGCUCUACGACAGGGAGUGUGGAGAAGAGACACACAAGGAUAAAACACACACACCACAGACCCCCUAUCAUGAUACCACUGACUACGCGGAUGCCGGAGACGUGACGGUGUCGGGAAGCAGGUGUCACCGGGACAGGUGUCGCGAGGACCGCCAGGCGGGAUACUUCUUCUGCGAGACGGAUUUCUCGGGGGCGUGGGACUUCUGCUGCAGGCCCAGGGAGGUCUGCGGGUUCUCGGAGGGAUACGACCAAAAAUGGUGCUACGUGGGCAUUGUAGGCCGCGACCAGUGGCGCCCCUGCAAGGGACAAGGCCCGGGAAGGGAAUACCUGAAGGAGGAGCACCCAGACUUCGGGGAUAACGCAACGGAAGUUCAAAUCAUCGACUUGAAUGACAUCGUCUAACGAAGACGUCGAAAGAUAAUUUCUUCUUGUUUGUGUAACUUCCUGUGCUUGUGUGUGUAUGUGUGUUUGUUUGCACAGGUAAAUUACUUUUUUAGAAUAAUCUAAUUUUUUUUUAUCAUAAUGUUUUCUUAUUUUUUAACUUUUUAAUGUGUUUUUCAGCAUACGUAAAAAAAUAUCCUUUUUUAUAAUAACCUGAUUAUUUUUUGUCUUAUAAUUUUCCCUUGUUUUUUGUAGUUUUUUUGCUUUACAUAAGUAAAUUAUUAAUAUUUUUUAUGAAACAUCGGAAUGAUUUGUCUGAUAAUUUGCUGUUUGUUGUAGUUUUUUGUGCUUUUUAUAGGUAAAUAUGUUUUUAUGUUUUGAAUUUUUUCCUUUUGUCAUGGAAAUAUUUCAUGUAAAAAAAUCACAGAUAUUAAUUUUUGAUAUUUGGUGCCUGUGCGCAUAUUGUUUCUUGGAAUAUUUAUUCUCCAUGACAAUUUUUUUGUCAUUAUAUGAAAAGAUUUGCAAUGAAAGAGCUUAUAUCAUCUCAUAAAAAAAAUCAGAUUCUUUGUAUACAUCUCAUCUCCUUUGGGAGAAACCUGUAGUCUACGAAAAGUAAAUUUUACAAAUCUUCUCUACAUGUAAAGAUAUAUUCUAUUUCCGAAGCGGCAUUCACAACUUUAUAUCUAUCGAAUUUUAUAUACAUACAUAAUAAUUUCAAAAUACUUCAUUCUUUCUAAAUAUUUUAAUUCAUAUCUCCAUAAGGAUACGAAUUUCAUUUACAGCAAAAGUUAUUCCUUUUUAAAACAAUCAUCUUUACCCGAGAAGAGUUUGAAUUACAAUACUUUUCUGAACGCAAUAUCAAAAGAAAGCGUUUAGUUAAAAUAAUCAUACAUUCUCAAUACAGGUGGAUAAUAUGUAGCCGAUAUUAAACCUUCAAUAACAAGGUUUCAACGGAUAAUGCGUAAUUGAGGUGUAAUCAAGUUUUCGAAUCAACGUCUCUCUCUCUCUCUCUCUCUCUCUCUCUCUCUCUCCUCUCUCUCUCUCUCUCUCUACUAAUCAAUAUGAAAAAACUUUUCCCGGUCAGUGUCUGUUUGUAAGUUUGUUUGUAUCUCCAAUAGUAAACAUGAGUGACCUAAAAUACAUUCGUAAAUCUCUCUCUCUCUUUCUCUCUCUCUCUCUCUCUCUCUCUCUCUCUCUCUCUCUCUCCCUCUGAAA